AUGUCCCUUAAACUAGUAUCUCUCCUCCUCAUGACCCUCGUCGUCCUCCAAAUCUUCUUGAGCAGUAGCAUCAACGCGCAAGCCGAGGCAGUCAAGUUCCCAACCUGGUGUAUUUGCGGCAACGACAAGACCAAGACCGAGAUCCUGUGCAAGUUCACCGCCGCCAACUGGGACGGUGGUAGCUGUGGUCUUGAUAGCCAGAGAGCGUACAACUCUUUUCUUACGGCUUGUAAGCAGAGCGGUGGUGAGCAAUGCUGGAGAUAG